CUUCCAACCAAAUUGGGAAGCAUAUGAAGUUUCCGUACAAGCUUGACGAUUUAACAUGGAUCGACAAUGACCAUUCACGCAACGAAGAAAACGUAUAUUGCUACUGUGGUGGUCCAUACACAGAGGAUAAGCCAAUGGCUCAUUGUGAUUCUUGUCGACAGCUUUUUCAUUCAGCUUGUAUAACUUGCUUGCCGAGGCCACUAUUAUAUGGCGAUAACUUUCUCACGUUUCGCUGCAGCGUAUGCACACAAGACGCGGAAGAACAUCAUCGUCAUAAUAUGAGCUGGGUGGCUGUCGUGCAUUUGGUGAUAUACAAUUUGAUGGUACGACAGGAUCUACGCGACCAGAACAAACCCGAUGACCAAAAAGGCCUGAAAUAUUUUCGGUGGAAGGAUGAUAUAUGUGCGUUCAUCGAUGAUUAUUGGGAUUAUCUUGUCCCGGGAAAGAAAAGAUCCGUAACUUGGAACAAUACGAUCGCUAGUGUAUUAUCAACGCAUGGCACAGUUUUUAAAUCUGGAUACGAGAUUUUUCAUCAAAGUGCUUGGUGGUCGUUACAUGAACAAGUGCCUCCGAAUAAAGAUAAACCUCGAACAACCAAAGUAAAAGCUCCGGGAAAACCAACUCAAAAGCGGGCACGGCCAGAUGGCGAAAAUAAAAAACAAGCCAAUAAACCGAAAAAGAUCAAGGUUGAGAGUAGAGAAGAACAUGUGGAGCCAUCACCAAAGCCAUUAAAAAAAGGGCAACGGAAAGAACAGAAACCGGUUCAUGAUGCUGAAGUGCCAUCUAGAGAGGAUGAUGAGAUGUUCAAUAUGAGCUCACUGUCGGAACUGUCAUCGGACGAGGAGAUGGCUCCUGCAAAUGAUCAUACGGAUGUUCCAAAGAGGAUCACAAAAUCACCACGAAAAGUCGAAACUGCAUUAGUAUCGGUACCUGCUUCUACAUCCGCACCUGUGGGCGAGCCAGAACAAAAGCAAGAAAUUAUGCCAACACAUAUCCCCUCAAUGGAUGAACCUGAAAGCCCAUAUGCUACAGUACCACACCACAACGUAGAGCAGCACUUUACCACCACAGCAGUUACAAUCAACCCUCCUAACUCUGCACUCGCCGCUAGUGCUACGGCUACGGCUUCUGCUGUUGCCGAAUCAAAACGUUCUGACAAAGUGGAUAAGUCUCAAGAUAUAACGGUUCAGGGAACAUCAACACCAACAACAACCGAUGCACCACCCAAACCUGCUCGAAGCGCGUUUUUGUCGCAACAAGAAGAAUGGCAACUACUCCAAAAACUUAACAAUGCUAGUAAACGAUUACCACCAGCCGCACUACGCUACCAACGAAAACUUACAGUUCGAAGGCUGAAGCGCAAUUUAGGUCUUAAGCUAUUUGACUUGGACGCACAUGUUACACGACAAAUACGAUCACGAUCAGAACUUGUACCAAUAUCCAAACAGCUUUCCGGAGAGAAGGGUGCUGCGGAUCAUACACAAAAAGAAAACGAGGAAACGUUGCAAUUAUCCAAAGAAUUUGAGAAAAUCACGCAUACCACAUACAAUUGCUCGUUUGCUCGUCGACUUUAUGGAUCGAUUCGUCAAGAAAGCGCGGUGACAAGGGAGGAACCAUGGCUGUCGUCUUGGAACGGACGCAAGUUGCGACCCUUUAUUCGAAGGGACUUCCAAAGCAGGCCGCCCAUGAUGCGAAUUUUGCAUGAAAUUGAGGCAUGUGCGGGAAAACCAAUGCGACGGCCACUCUCUUCGCAGCGCAGCAAGGACUACACGGCGAGCAUUGACUAUGUCUAUUUUCAGCCACAACAUUUGGAUCAAGCCAACGCUAUGCUUCGACGCAGUUUUUGGGAAGGGAUCGAUGUUUCUGAAUCGUUAUUGUUUCCAGAAUUCAGCAUUGUUGCUUUGUACAAGCAAGCGGUGAUUGGAUGUGCAUUCAUGACACCGGAAGCAUACAUCACAUACUUUGCAGUAUCACCAGGAUGGGACGGUGCAGGAAUUGGCCAAUUCAUGCUUUAUCACUUAUUCCAGACUGCCAUCAGUAAGGAUAUUACGCUUCACGUGUCGGCCAACAACAGUGCCAUGAUAUUAUACCAAAAAUUUGGCUUUAAGCCAGAGGAGUUUAUUGUGGAUUUCUACGACAAAUAUCUUUCCUCCGAUAGUGUAUAUAGUAAAAAUGCAUUUUUCUUACGGCUGCGUCGAUAAAGAACCUCAAUACAAUGAUAAUGUAGUUGUAGCAGUAUUAGGU